GGGCGGGAACGGAAAGAGGGCGAAAGGGGAUCGGAGCCCUUCUCCCCUUCCCUUCCGACUCCUGGCACCUUUCCAUCGAUCGCCCCCUGUUUGGCUAAGCAGAGGGCAUUUCCCCCCUUCGGUUUUCGGGGCAAUGGUGGUGGUGGUGGAGGAGGAGGAAGAAGGAGAAGAGGCCCUUUUCUCUCCUUUUCCUAAUCCUGCGCUCUUUGCAACCUCCCGUUUCCCCCUUCUCUAGAUAAUGGCGUUUUCUUCUUCGUUUAGGGUUAGCAUGGAUCUGUUAGAGAGUGUGCAAACGAGCCUUUGGGUUUCUUAAUUCUUCUUAAGUGUGUGUGAUGUGUGUAUGCUUUGCAUUUUCUUUUCUUUUUUCUUUUCAACUACAAUCCAAUAAUAAUGGCCUCACUGUAGCAAUACCAAUUUAUAAUACAAUUAUUAUUAUCAAUAGUUAAAAUAUCGAAUUUUAUCAUUUAGAUAAGGUGGUGCCCCCCCCCCACGUGCUAGAAUUGAUGGCUUGGUUAUUUGGUUUAUUUCUGCAUUCUAAAAUCUUACUAAUUUCUGUUACAUUCUGGUCAUCAUAAUAAUCCCUUAUACUACAACUGCAAUAUUAAUAACUUCUAUUUGUGUUGACACAUUAAAUGCUUUAUAAAACUGCAAGUGAGAACUCAAACUAUAUCCUUGUUCUUCCUACGUGUGGCAAUUAUUCUGUAUAUGGUGUUCCUUCCUGUUGUGCUUUCCAUUUUCUGCUCCUUUUCUUUAUUUCUCUCUGUGUGAUUUCCAUUUUCUGCUCCUUUACAUCUGCUCCUUUGCCUUCCCUUAGUCUGUAUUAAUUUUGCUAAGGCACACAAGAGAUUUCCUUCUUCCCUUCCCCCCCCCCACGCUGCCUGUGUGACUUCAUUGUGAGUUGAAGCUUGCACCCUAGCACUUACAUUUUAUCUUUGCAGUCCCUUUGCCACGUUAGUCAAUGGAAAUGGGUAGGCCACUACCACAUUGCCACCUUGCUCAUAUUGUAAUCCGUUGGGGUGCAGAAGCGUCUAUGAAUCUUCCCUGGCUUGUGGUAGAUGCUUGGUCUUGGUGACAUCUGCAAAUGCACAAAGCUAAACAUUGUAUUGAGCUGUGGGGGUUCCCUGUAGCCCAUUGCUCAGCCUUAUAGCAUGUCUGGAUUGUGGCUGCACUUUAUGUACUUCUCCCUGGUUGUUUAAAAUACUGCAUGCAUUGUGCAAAUGACACCCACAUUAGGGGUAGGAUGGGCAUCCCUCCUCAGCAGUGUGCCUGUCAGUGAGCAUCACUGAAGUGUGGGGAGAGUGUGACUGAGCUGAUGGGGCUUGGAUUCCCCAUUUCUGGAUAAGGACCCCGCUGGAUGAGCAUUCUUUGGAUCCUUUUAUUGUAGUAUACCCCCCCCCCCCAAUUCUGUUACACACUUAUCUGUCAUCCGGCCUUCUUCUGAUUUGCUACUUUCAGUGGGUAUGGGGGAAAAAAUCUGUGUUUGCUUAAAAUACUUGUUUAAAAAUAUUUCCCUAGUUCUGUCCUUUGAAAAGGGGCUACAAGAGCUGUCUUGGAGUGGCAAAUCUUCCCUUUUUCAAAUGCCCUUGGGUAGCUUGCUCUAUGUGUGAGUGAGAGAGAGCUCUAAGCCUUUCAUACAGUUCGAAGGAAGAGACUGACCUGAUGCUCGCUCUCUCCCUCCCCCUUCUCCCCUGCCCUUUAUAUCAUGUAAAUGUACCAAUUUUAAUGUGUGUUCCUGUAGAUGGUUUCCUCUUCUGUUUAAUUCCCUGUCAUCUUACGUGUUUUAAUAGCUCCUUCAAGGAAAAAAUCAACUGCUUUUUAUGAGGUAUACAUGUGGGUGAGGAGUCUCGGAUAACAAUGAGGGGUGGGGGGAGCAUAAUGUAUUUUCCAUGUGACCUGUGCAAGCUGUUUCAUGCAGCUGUAAUCAGUUAACAGAAAGUUCCUGUUUAUGCUAAAAACAAAACCUUAAAUUGUGUUUGAGCCAUAAAUGGCACAUUUCCUCUUUUCUCUUCUGUGGUUGCUUUUUUUUUUUAGUCUCCAUGUUGAGCUUUCUGCACACUGGCUGUCAAGCUAUUGUCCUCAGUUUUCUUGAAAAUGACGCCCAUAGAUGGUUUUUGCAGAACAGAAGACACUGUGUGUUGAAGUUGAGAGAAAAGGACUGACUCUGCAUAGGGGGAGGAAUAAGAGAUGUCAUUUUUACGGGGUAUAAAUUCUCUCUCUCUGGUGUAACAUUAGGGAUUAUGUCUACAGGGCAUUUUUAAGGGGGGGGGGAAAUGAGUUGCCAGCCCCUUUUGUGUACAUCCUUUGCUUUUUUUGUCAUGAAUGCAUUGUGAGUUAUUUCAGAAGAGAAAUGAUUUGCGAAUUAUCUUACUGGGGAUAAGUUACUUGAGUUUGCAACCAAAGAGCUACAUUGAUUAGAUCAAGGGCUAGUAGUUGCCUAAUAGAAUUUUUGAUUUUCAGCAGCAGACAUAACCAAUGAUAUCACAAAAAACUGCUUUUGCUUUGUUCUUUUGCAUCUUGUUUUUUUGUCAUUCAUAUUAUGACUGCUUAAGAAAACACAAAGUGCACUUGCAAACACUGAAAAAAAUGAAUGGUUGUUUGAAUCUUGGCCACAGAAACUUAAGAGAUGAGCACUUGAAAUGUCAUCUAAUAUAUGGUAAGAAUAUGGUCUAGAUGCCCUCAUACCAUAACAUCUCUACUUCACAGUAUAUACCUACCGGUACCUAACUGGAGGUUGUGAGAUUAGUCAGUUGCCUGUCCUGCACUACAGACUAGUCAAUUGUCUGUUCUGGAUGUGGUUACACUUCCUCUGAAGAAGCAGCCCAGUAGUUUGCUAGUACUUGUAAUCACUAGUACAAAGUAACAUCUAUUACUGGUUAAUUAUGCUGCCUAUAUGCUUCUGGGCCAAAUUUAAGAUUUUGAUUUUUUAGUUUAAAGCCUUUUAUAUCAGAUACUGUAGGUAUUUCCAUGUGAAUUACUCAGAAAUUGAGCUCUAUUUCUGUACAAUUAAUUUGCUCUUUACAUGUAGAAUCACAUUCUCCACAUGCUGGAUCAUGAUCAGUAAAACCAUGAGAAAAUAUUCCACAAUCCUGUUCUGCUCUGCUUUGUUAAGCAAGCUUUCUUCUGAUCUGUAAACACGCUGUAUUCAUAAGUUUUUCUGGCAGAAGUUUUAUGAAUAGACAAUUCAGAAGAAGUAGCAUAUGCAUCUUUUAAAAGUGGCGUUGCUGUUCCUUUCAUUGAUCACUUUGUGUUUUUUUCCUCAGUAAGAAAUUAGUAGGAAAUUUGUGUUAUGUUAAGUCUUAGUUUAGGACCCUAUUCAUCAAUAUACUUGCCACAACAGGCUUCCUUAAUGGUACUAACCCCCUUGGAGGCUUCAGGCCUUUAAAGGUCACUCUUAGCUACUUUGAUAUGUCAGUUGGUAGCACACAAAAUUUCUGGAGGGGAUUUUAGUCCAGUUUCUAGGGAAGUUCAUAAAAAAAUGUAAGAGUAUAGCUUGUUAUUAUGUCUGGUAUUAAGUUUUGGUGAAUGUUGAUGAUAGAGAAUGUCCUCUUAUGCCCUUUUGAGAGAAUUGUAAAUUGCUGAAUUUACUGGCGCUUGUAACUGCUAGGAAGACAUUUUUAUAUUUUCUGCAGCGUGUGUCAUUUUACCCUAGGCUUAAAAAAACCCAACUAUUUCUACACCGUUCAACCUAUACUGUUCUAUGUUUUUAGGAAAUCCUGCAUUGUUUAUGCAGCAUCUGAAUCUGAUACGCUUUGAAGCUGCAGCUCAGAUCACUGCAGUACUUUUUCAGCAUUGCCAAGCAAGAAUACUAAUUUAAUAUGAAAAUGUGUUUGUGUAGUGAUGUGUGUGCAUGUGCAAAUAAUGUUACCUGCAUGCCUUGCAUAUUAGCAUAUAUUAGUACUUCUCGGACUGUCGCAUUGACAGUCACAUGCUGUUGACUUGUGAUAGGUUCAAAAUCUAUCCUGUUUGAGUGUACACUUGAUUCGUUCUUUAACUCACAUUAGGAGUAUCUAUAUUUCAGUUUUAAAUCAGUCAAAUAAAACAGUCCCUUUCCUUUUCCAGGAAGCUCUAACAGGAGAGCUGGAGAUUUCUACCAUGGAAUUUCAGUACCUCUAGCAAACUACAAUUCCUAGGAUUCUUUGAGGAAGCCAUGAUAGUUAAAGUGGUGCAAACCCACUUUGGGUGAAAUCUAACAGGAAUCACUACCCCCCCCCCAAAAAAAAAACCACCCGGCAAAAUCUCAGGAGUAUUGGGUCACCUUCUGGAGCAAAUUUGGAGGGGAAGGGGAAGAGGAAGAGGAGUCAUAUGGUAAAAGCCCAAUAAAUAUUUUGCUCAAUAGGUUUGCAUUAGAUAUAACCACCAAGAAGGGUCUUUUUCUGAUUAGUUAUUUAUCAGUUACUGAUGCCUAUUUGAAGAUGCUUUAACAUGUAUCUGGCCUCUGCUGUGUGAACUAAACACCUCUUGGUAUCAGUAUAGGCAGUGAUGCAUUUAUAUUUCACAAGGAAUAAAUUCACUUGCUUCAAUUUGUCAUGUUAUAAAAAUGGGUGCAGAUGAAAAUACCGUACAUUAAUAUGGCAUAGAUAUUUUCGUCCAGUGGCAGCCAGCUAUUUAAGGACAUAAGGGGAGUCCUGCUGGAUCAGAGGUUUAUCUGGUUCAGCAUCUUCUUUCCAUGUUGGCUAACCAGAUGCUUUUGGGAAGCCCACAAAUAGGACAUGAGUGGAAUUGCUCUCUCUUUCUCUUUCACCUUCCUCAUCAACUGGUAUUGAGAGGCUCAGAAGUCGCCAGCCCUUUUGAACCUGGGCACACAUAUGGAAAUCUAAGCAAUUUUGGUUUAAAAGAAAUGCCCAUUUCUUAACAAAUGUCAACAAACCCCUUCCACCCAAUAAAAGGCAGCUCUGUGCCUGCCACUGAACCAAUCAACCAAAAAAAUAACCCAAAAACUCAUUUGUGUGUGUGUGUGUGUGUGUGUGUGUGUGUGUGUGUGUGCAUCUAUCACCAAUUGGGAGGGGUAGACAGCCUUGACAGAAACCAAACUGUCCAAGCUUGCAGCUAUCACUACAACUUUUAAAUAAUGCACUGCUCAGAGGUGCCAGCUUCCGAAGGAGAUAGUGGGGGCCGAUGUUGUGUGGCGCGUGAUAGCAGGAUGUUGGAGGAGCUUAUCUACGUUCUCUGCACUAUGCAUAAUUUUAUACAUCUCUGUCAUACCCACGUCUUGCCUCCCGCCACCCAAAAAAAACUAACAUAUUUUACUGUGAGGCUGUUUGGGCCCCAUCCACUGGUGCUUCGAGCUAUGCCACUUUUAUCUAUUAUUGAAAAUUGUUAGUUGAGUUAUAAAUAGCCCAAAUGAAUAAUAAUAAAAAGAGAUAGUAUAAUAGCGCGCACGCACACACACUCUCUCCAGAUGUAGGGUGGUAGGCCUGUGGUAGCAGGCUGUAUCUCCAAGAGAUAUCUGGGAUGUGGUACAGUUGUCCCUUGGAAGUUGAAUGGUAUCCAUUCCGAAAGUCCGUUCGACUUCCAAAAUGUUUGAAAACCAAAUCGCAGCUUCUGAUUGGCUGCAGGAAGCUCCUGCAGCCAAUCAGAAGCCACGGAAGCCCAGUCGGACGUUCGGGUUCCAAAAGAACGUCCACAAACCAGAACAAUCACUUCCGGGUUUGUGGCAUUCGGGAGCCAAAACGUCCGAGUUCCAGGGCAUUCAAUAACCAAGGUACAAUUGUACUGGUGUAGAGAGGACUACCCACCAAACACAAUGUCCACUACAGGAGAAAAGUUGUGGGUUACAUUCCAUCUUCCUUCUGUGCAUAUUAAAAGGACUAUUUUCAUCUAGUUUCCUCCACAGUUAUCUCACUUUUUUCUUCAUGGUGAGGUAAUUUGUUUACUUUGUGGGUGUUCCUCGUUAGAACUUUGAAUAGGCUAUGAUAGCAGCCACGUGCGUCUCAUUUCAUUUCUGAAAGGGGGAAGCGGUGCUAGACUGCCAUGGGAUUGUUAAAGAACAACAAAACUCUCUAAGCUGUUUUCUUAUCUGGAAUUCAAGAAGUUUAGGAGUGAGGAAACUCUGGAUGCCCAGCUCCUUUCCAUUUUCAUCACAAGUGAUUUGCUUGAUCUUAUAGGCACUAGAUAGGUUUCUGCUUCCAGCUCUGUUAGAAUUAUCGGCCCCAAAGCAACAUGGUUGAGGCCCUGUGUGCUUCUCCCCAACCACCCCAACUAUGGAAUAAUUGCUUGCAGCAUACAUUUUUUUUUAAAAAAAUCCCAGACUAACUGUCUGUCUGUCCUGCUAAUAGGCGUUAUACAGGAUUUCUGAUUAUACUUGCUAUGAUAGCUGAAACUGGGCCCCGUGUCCACAAAAUAUGAAGCCUAGCUAGGCGUGAUGGCAGCAGGCCUGUGUUUCAGUACUUGCUUUCCACAGAUUUUGUAUGAAGCUGGGGAACGGAGCUCCAACUUUCCCCAAUUUCCCCCAGCUGUUUUUGUCCCAAAGAGGUUCUAUGACUUAAAGCAACUUGCUGAGACAAAAGUGUUAGCAAGAGAGAGGCUGCGCUCACUGUCAACCUCCCACCCCACCCCAAACUGCUUUGUAUUAGAGACCCCCCCCCCCAAAAAAAAACUUCUCUACUUCAUUGGGAAUUGGCAGGACUUGAGUUCAGACCUGGGAUCAUUGGGAGUCUGCAAAGAACCGACUAUUUUGAUAAUGCUAAAUAGACAUGGCAUGUGGUAAGCAAAAAACUCUAAAAUGUCUUAAGUGAAAGGGUAAUGAAAGUGGGUGGGAUUUCUACCCUCUUAAAACAGACCUGUUUAGUAGGCACAUUCACAUGAGCAAAAGCUGGACACUGUUAUGUACUUCUGUAGAACUUACUUAGGAUGCAAUGUUAUACCGUUAACAUUUGUGUUAAGUACAGUGUGAGUCAUGUGGCUGUAUCCUGUUGUUAUGGUUUGGGAUCUGUAAUGCCUUGCAAAUCCCCAAUGACUGCAAGAGGAAGCAGUAGUCCUAGUUACCUUCUCUAUAGGAGGAGAACCACAUUGCCCUGGAGAGUGUUCUAUCAGUGUUCCCAUGAAAAGCGAGUUUUGGGGCUUCUCGGGUGCAUGUUUUUCCAUGAAUCAGGAUAGGCAUCUCUGCUGCACCUGUUGCUCCAACAACUUUAUUUGAGACCUGUUAAUGGUUUGCAACACAUGACGAUAAACAUUUUAAAAAUGUUUUGCUACUUUUGUUUGCUACUUUUGUGAUAUUGGCUGCUGUUUUCCUUCUGAGCGUAUUCUCCCUUUGUGGUUCCUUUUCUCCUCCCUGUAACUUUAGCACCCAGUAAUACUAACAGUGAGAAAUGCUUUGUAUUUUCUGCUCUGUUUUUAACAAGCUAAUAUCUUUAACCUGUGUGCACAGUAUUGAUUUUUCCCCUCUUCUUUGUUUUCCCUUCCAGUUCUGUUAAAAAUGAGACAGGUUUCAUGUUUCUGCUUUCCUCUCAGCCAACAUCUGAAAUGUAGUGUUGGCAACCACUCUGGGAUGCCUCACCUGAAAUGGAGGAAAAACAAACAAACCAGUAUUUCCCUCCUUGUCUUGUGCUCCUUGGGUCCAGUCAGUAUCAACUACAAAACAUUAUUAGUUGUAGAGUAUGCCGCUGCCAGAGCUGUAUGUACUCUGUACUAAACAAAUUAACAAUCUCCAUGCAGGAGAAAUACUGCACUUGUGGGGGAAACCAAACUGUACAGGCUGUAUAAAUUAUGUAAAUCUGCAUAAUUUAUUUUAUUGUGCAUAAUUCUCGUUUUCAGACCAUUGACAGGCAAAGCACAAUGCAGGGCAAUAUAAAAAAGGUAAUACAACCAUGCCUCAAUUCCUGGUGCAAUGCUACUCAUAUUUACUUGGAAGUAAGUACCACUGCAUUCAAUUAGUUUAUUUCCAUGUACGUGUGACUAGGAUUGCAGUCUCACUUUGGCAACUCUCCGGCUUCUGAGAUUUUAGUUGGCAUUGCCCAUACAUUUUCUCUAAGCAUAUCUACACAUCUCUAAGGACUGGAAAGUUUAAGAAUAAAUAAAUGUGAGCUGAUACUCUUAAGAAUCUGAAUUCUGCAUCCAGUCCCAAAUUUUGUGGCUUUCGUGGCUCUUGCAGAAUGUGGCCCUACACAGAGAGCUGUCCUGAGCGAGAUUAGAAUAUGUCCAGUUUAAUUUUCUCUCAUAACUGUACUGGCCACUUUGGUUUAGUAGCCAAUCUGAAGGGUGAUUUUAUAAAACACAGUGUCCUUAACCUGACAUCAUGUGAAGUCAAAAAAGUGUUAACUUCUUUGGCAGAAAUCAACCUCCUGCCAUGCCACACUCCCCUUUAUGGAGUGCCUAAUAACAAGAGGGGAAUGUGUAAUAUGUUUUUAACAUUUCUGAGGCCAAUAUGUUUUCCCCUCAUUAUGUAGUGUGUUUCUUUUUGAAAGGUGAAUUGACCAUUGGCUUUAGGGUGCUUGUUGGCUGUACACCUAGUGGUAGGAAAGGAGUCCACUAGAUUUACAUGUAGAUGCUUGCUGGGAUUCAGUAGGAAGCUGUCUUCAGGUGUGGCUGUGCAUGCAUGUAAUUGGUAUCCAGGUGGAACUGUUGCAUAGGGAGCUGCAUCCACCACAUCUUAAGACCGCUUCCAACUUUGUUUUGAAGUCUUAUGAGUCUUCCUGUACUGAAGAUUACCCCAGGAGGAGUUUAUAUACAUGGUUUAUUUAAAAAACAAAUAAAUUCAUUUUUCAGAUACCAAAUAAUGCAAUACAAAGGCAAAAGAAGUGCUUUGGUCAGUUCCAGUAAAAGGUUUAUAUACAUAGUUACUUAGGAAAUUGUCAAGUAUAUCCUAGUCUGCUCCUGAAUUGUUGGUACUGUGAAUGUUUCCCAGAUGUGAACAUGUUAUCAUUUUUUUCAGAAUGGGAAUUGCUUUGCAGUGACCUUAUGGUGACUUGAGCUUACAAUGUGAAACUGAACUUAAUGUGAAAGGGCAUAUACAGGUGAAACUCGGAAAAUUAGAAUAUCGUUGAAAAGUGCAUUUAUUUAAGUAACACAAUUUAAAAGGUGAAACCAAUAUAUGAGAUAGAUGCAUGACAUGGAAAGCAAGAUAUGUCAAGCCUUUAUUUGUUGUAAUUGUAAUUAUGUGUCAUUAGGCGGGUAAAUUAUAAAUGGAAUGUAGGGUAAUUAAUGAAAUGUAAUAGUGAUGUUUAUUUUUGUUUAUUUUUGUAUUAUUGUAACUAUUUGUUUUAUUACUGUGGAAUUUCCAAAAGAAAGCAUUUGUAAAAAUUAAAAAUUAAAAAAAUAAAAUAAGUUGCAUUACUGAAAUAAAUGCACUUUUCGACGAUAAUCUUAUUUUCCGAAUUUCACCUGUACAUAGAGCAGGGGAAGGGCAUUUUUAAAAAGUGUAUAUGCCAGUGUUUAUUGAGUUCUUGAGGUGGAAUAAAGUCAGAAUAGUGAUCAAAGUGUUUCUGCUGAAAAUGGCAUCUUCAUAUUCCCCGCCCCUUCCCUGUAAGGCAUGUAGUUAAGGAAACAUGGGACAUUGAUGUCAUGCCAUAAAUUUCAUUGCUUCCGCUUCACUUUUUAUUGGCUGCCACUGGGGUAAACUAGAUGGGAAAACUAAGAAAGUGAUGUUGCUGCUUCAUGUAUUUCCUUAACUAUGCUUUAUAGAGAGAUGAGGGGGGAACUGACACAGAGUUCCGGUUUUCAGCAGCAGUCCCUUAACCACCAUGACGUCAUAUUUCAGCCAUAUCUGAGGCAAACUGAUGUCAAUAACACCUGCAGAUCUUCUCAUAAGGAAAGAGUGAUGGUGCUUUGCAUAUCAAGUGUGUUAAGUUCUUCUGUAAUAUGCUGCUUCCCUUUGCUUUCUCUCAUGUAUCUGCGACAUGGUACAGUAGUUUGUUUACAGUAGUAUCUAGCAGCCCUGAUGCCCCCAAAUGGGACAGUUUCCUAAGGUUAAAGAAAUAAACAAAACUCAAACCCUGGGAAGUAAGGUGCAUUAAGUGAGGGAGAGAAGUGGGAAGCAGCAAACCUCUAUGGACAGCUCUACCAAGUCAGGAAGGACACUUUGGUGAUGCUAUCUCUGUAAUUAUAAUGUGCUUGCAUGCAGUACAGACUAUAAGGUAAUUUCCUCGUUCAUAGGUGAGGCCUGCUUAUGAUAAGUACAGUCCUGUGACAUGAUCCAGCAUGUUCCUUUCCCAGACACUUCUUUUUACUCAUGUAGACCUGGAAUGCUCUAAUACUGACGUGCUGAAAUGAGGUACAUCUCCUGGUCACUUGAUAACUCUGGAUUUUAAACAUCAAUCUAAUAUAGGAAAUCUUGCUUCUUGGUACGCUGUCAUUUCAGAUGGUUUGCAUGGGAGUCCUAAACCAUACUUACUUGAGUUGCAACAGUUUUGAGAUUGAGCUGCUCUUAACAGGGUUUGUGUGGCAAGGAUAGGCGAGGCCAAGUUAACCCAAGUUUUCAGUGCCGUCAUAGGUGUGUCCUCAAAAGGGUGCCAUGAAUAUGUACAAGCUGCUGGCAUUGUAGCCAUUUUGUCUAUUCAGUGAAGGGAUAGGUAGCUCCUGCUUGACAUGGGCCUUAUGAUAGGCAUUAUAGCAGAAGUUUAUACAGCACAGUGGCUAUAAGAUUGUGUUGUGAUCCAGAAAAACUGCUUCAAAUCUCACCUCUUACAUAAAUUUGCUAGGUGACUUUGGAGUUAAACCUGGACAUGUCUUUAGCCAUGCUUUUGAAUUCUGUUCUAGGAAUUACCUUUCUCCUUUUUUCAAACAACCUGCCUGUGUAAUCUCCUGAUAUGGAUUGGGUCCCUGGUGUGUUUGACUUUUUCCUCCAUGCUGUUUUCCUGCUAAAUAUCAUCUCCACAGCUAUUUUUAACAGCUAAAAAACACCACCACCACCAUCACAUUUGCUCUGUGCUGUGGUUCCAUUCUGGGUUGGGGACCCUGGGGUGGGGGCUCAUAGAGUUAAAAGAAAGAGGAGGGUCCCAAGCACAAGCUUCAAAGAUGCAGUUAACAUAAGGCCCAGCUUAAUUCUUCAGCAACCUACUGAUCUCUCAGCAAUCUAUCUGCUAUACAGUGGAACCUCGGUUUAUGAACACCUUGGUUUACGAAUUUUCGGUUUACGAAUGCCGUGGACCCAUCUGGAACAGAUUAAUCCACUUUCCAUUACUUUCAAUGGGAAAGUUCGCUUCAGUUUAUGAACGCUUCAGUUUAAGUACUCCACGGACCGUCUGGAACAGAUUAAUCCACUUUCCAUUACUUUCAAUAGGAAAGUUUGCUUCAGUUUAUGAAUGCUUCAGUUUAUGAACAGACUUCCGGAACCAAUUGUGUUCAUAAACCAAGGUACCACUGUAUGUAGAAAAUAAUACUGACCUACUCAAUAAGGCUGUAAAGUAGGCAUCCCCAAACUUCGGCCCUCCAGAUGUUUUGGACUACAAUUCCCAUAAUCCCUGACCACUGGUCCUGUUAGCUAGGGAUCAUGGGAGUUGUAGGCCAGAACAUCUGGAGGGCCGCAGUUUGGGGAUGCCUGCUGUAAAGGUUCCUGAAUUAAUUACACGUGAAGCUCUCUGGAUGCUAUGUGGUGUCAAAUAACUGAUAAAUGUUAAGGGUUUUGCUCCCAAACCAAGUACAGUUAAACCUUGGUUGUCGAACGUAAUUCGUUCCAGAAGCCUGUUCGGCUUCCGAAAUGUUUGACAACCGAGACACAGCUUCCAAUUGGUUGCAAGAGCUUCCUGCACUCAAGCGGAAGCCACAACGGACAUUCAGCUUCCGAAAAACAUUUGAAAACCAGAGCAUUUACUUCCGGGUUUUCGGCUUUCAGGAACCAAAACAUUCCAAAAUGGAGGCGUUCGGGAACCAAGGUUUGACUGUAAACCAGCUGACCCAUUCUUGCCUGGUGUCCACCCCUCAAGUUGGCUAGUUCCCACACAAUCUACCAACUGAUAUUCAGGAAUUCUUUUAAUUGCUGGUCAUUCCCUGCUACCAUUAAUCAAAAUUCAUAGCACCAUUAUUGCUUUAUUUUGGGAGUAGUGGCAUUUCUAGCGUAGUCUUUGUUUUUCUUUAUUUUUUAAUAAAGAUGCUUAUUUUCUGCUUAUUAAUGUUGGGGGUUUCCCUAACUUUUUCAAAAGAUAACAGGAUGUGGCUUUCUAUGCCGCACAUACAUUUUUAGAAAGGCCGUCAAGAAGACUUCCUUACUGUCAUAACCAACCUCCAAAUACACACAGCUGUGGUCUGGACUGUAUAUAUGUACAUCUAUUAUCUGGUUAAAACACCACCACACCUGGCCCUUCUCAGUAUUCUAGCUCUCUGGGGGUGAAAUUAUAAAUAUGGAGGGGGGGUUGGUGAAUAGGGUGGGGGAAUAGAGAAGUCCAACCAUGAAAACUUCACUUUGGGAAAACAAAGGAGUGCAGAUUGAGCUAGAGUAUCCUAUCCCCUCAUUGUUAAUUUUUAAAAGAAACGAUCACAGGUCCAUGGAGAAAGAGAAAGAAAGGAAACAAGCCCCCUUAUAUCUUUGAUAGCAUAAUUUAUCCUUGAAGCAGGAGUCAUAUGUACCGUUGCUACAUAAAAUAAACAAGGGGAAUCCUAUUAGUGGUGAUGGUAGUAAACAUACAACUCUGAUGAUCCUAGAGCAGCGAUAGGAAAGCUGUGGACCUUCGGAUAUUGUUGAGCUGCAACACCCAUCAUCCCUGAUCAAUGACCAUGGUGGCUAGGAUUAAUAAAAGUUGUAGUUUUGCAACAUUUGCAGGACUAUUGUUUAGCCACCCCUGUCACAGAAUGUGAGGGGCCAAAUGAAACAUUUGCUGUUGCAUAGAGUUACUAAUGGGUUUGUCCUCCAAAUUUGAUAUGGGCUGUGAGGAGUUUUUUGUGGGGCUUUUUUAAAAACCAAAACCUUUCAUCAAGUGUUGCAGUCCCAACAUUGCCCCCCCCCCGAAUCUGCUGGUAGCCCUAGCUUUUGUGUGUAUACCAUGGCAGGAGAAGAAAGGACUAACACUCCCCACAAUCCCAAUGAACUCACCCUCUCCCAUACUUGCUAUUUGCAGUACACUUGGUAGCAUACAUUCAUUUUUACUUUAUUACCUAGUUCUCCAGGGCUGGAGAGGGAGGGUUGUUAUGGUGUUGAGCCCUCGUGUCAGGCAUGAUAAGAAAGAACAAAAUGAUAACCCAUUUUGGGGGCAGAGGAAUGAUUCAGUGUUCCUAGACUAGGUCAUAAAUUUCCUUUACACCCCACCCUUCAGCGUGAAUUAUCCAAUCUGCUGUACAACUCCUACUGAUGAAGGGAGUGGCUUUCUUCAAGAAGCAACUAGUUUGUGAGUAGUGCUCAUUUAUCCUCUGACUGCCACGCUGAUCAGCAGUCCAUGAAUCGUGCACUCCCUUUCUGAAGCUCUACUGUGAAGCUCUGGUCAUGCAGGGCUGGGAACCCCAAAUGCUUCAAGGGGACAUUACGCAGAAGGGGUAUGAGAAGAAAAGGGCAAAGCUGUUGGCUCCAUAUUUUCCACAGACCCAAGGGGUCGACCCAGGUCUGCAAAAGGAACCCCGAAAUCAGACACCCACUCCAUCAGCAGCACCAUCUUCAUCCAAGUAUCAUCGGGCACGAUCUGGGGGAGCUAGAGAUGAACGCUAUCGAUCCGACAUCCAUACGGAGGCAGUGCAAGCUGCAUUGGCAAAACACAAGGAACAGAAGAUGGCCCUGCCCAUGCCAACAAAAAGACGGUCCACAUUUGUACAGUCUCCAGCUGAUGCCUGCACCCCUCCAGACACGUCUUCUGCAUCCGAAGAUGAAGGGUCGCUCAGGCGCCAGGCUGCUCUAUCUGCUGCAUUGCAUCAGAGCUUACAGAAUGCUGAGUCAUGGAUCAACCGAUCUAUUCAGGGGUCAUCCACAUCUUCAUCAGCAUCUUCUACACUAUCCCAUGGAGAAGGCAAAGGGACCAGUGGGUCACUAGCCGAUGUAUUUGCCAAUACUCGAAUAGAAAAUUUCUCAGUUCCCCCGGAUGUUACUGCAACUACCUCCACACCUGCUUCCUCUGCCCGCCCAUCUGCUAUUGACCUCCCUCCAUCAGGAAUAGUGAAGGGCAUGCACAAAGCAUCCAACCGGUCUAGCCUUAUGGACACAGCCGAUGGUGUCCCUGUAAGUAGCAGAGUCUCAACAAAAAUCCAGCAGCUGCUCAAUACUCUGAAGCGACCCAAGAGGCCACCUCUGAAGGAGUUUUUUGUGGAUGAUUUUGAAGAAAUUGUUGAAGUUCCACAGCCAGACCCAAACCAGCCCAAACCAGAGGGACGUCAGAUGACGCCUGUGAAGGGAGAACCCUUGGGAGUAGUUUGCAACUGGCCUCCUGCUUUAGAAGCCGCUCUGCAACGCUGGGGGACGACGCAGGCCAAAUGCCCUUGUUUGACAGCCCUGGAUGUUACUGGGAAGCCAGUCUACACACUGACAUAUGGCAAGCUGUGGAGCAGAAGUCUGAAGCUGGCCUAUACACUGUUGAAUAAACUGGGCACCAAAAAUGAGCCUGUCUUGAAGCCUGGAGACAGAGUAGCCCUUGUUUAUCCCAACAAUGAUCCUGUCAUGUUCAUGGUGGCGUUCUAUGGCUGCUUGCUAGCUGAAGUCAUCCCAGUGCCGAUAGAGGUACCUCUAACCCGAAAGGAUGCUGGUGGCCAGCAAAUUGGCUUUCUUCUAGGCAGCUGUGGCAUUGCUUUGGCUCUCACUACUGAGGUUUGCUUAAAGGGCCUCCCCAAAACACAGAAUGGAGAAAUUGUGCAGUUCAAAGGUUGGCCUAGGCUCAAGUGGGUUGUAACAGAUUCCAAGUACCUCUCCAAGUCACCAAAGGACUGGCAACCCAACAUUUCAAACGCGGGGACUGAGCCAGCUUACAUUGAGUACAAGACCAGCAAGGAGGGGAGUGUGAUGGGUGUGACCGUGUCACGGAUUGCUAUGCUUGCUCAUUGCCAGGCUUUGUCUCAGGCCUGCAACUACUCUGAAGGUGAAACCAUAGUGAACGUCCUGGAUUUCAAGAAAGAUGCAGGCUUGUGGCAUAGCAUGCUAACAAGUGUAAUGAACAAGCUGCACACCGUCAGUGUGCCCUACUCAGUGAUGAAAACCUGCCCUCUUUCCUGGGUACAGAGGGUUCACACUCACAAAGCUAAGGUAGCUUUGGUGAAGUGUCGAGAUUUGCACUGGGCCAUGAUGGCUCACCGGGACCAAAGAGAUGUCAGCUUAAAUUCCCUGCGGAUGCUGAUUGUAACAGAUGGUGCUAACCCCUGGUCUGUGUCCUCUUGCGAUGCUUUCCUAAGCUUGUUCCAGAGUCAUGGGCUUAAACCAGAGGCAAUAUGUCCUUGCGCGACAUCUCCUGAAGCAAUGACUGUGGCAAUUCGGAGACCUGGUGUCCCUGGGGCACCCUUGCCUGGAAGAGCCAUCUUAUCAAUGAAUGGGUUGAGUUAUAGUGUCAUACGUGUGAACACAGAAGAUAAGAACUCUGCUCUCACUGUGCAGGAUGUUGGUCAUGUGAUGCCAGGAGGGAUGAUGUGCAUAGUGAAGCCUGAUGGGCCUCCUCAGCUCUGCAAGACAGAUGAGAUUGGCGAAAUCUGUGUUAGCUCCAGAACAGGAGGAAUGAUGUAUUAUGGGCUGGCUGGAGUUACUAAAAGCACAUUUGAGGUCAUCCCUCUGAAUUCCACUGGCUCUCCUGUGGGCGAUGUACCAUUUGUGCGCUCUGGUUUGCUAGGUUUCGUGGGACCUGGCAGCUUGGUAUUCGUCGUUGGAAAAAUAGAUGGGAUGCUCAUUGUUAGUGGACGCAGACAUAAUGCUGAUGACAUUGUGGCCACUGGACUGGCUGUUGAAUCUAUAAAGACGGUUUACAGAGGAAGGAUUGCGGUAUUCUCUGUGACUGUGUUCUACGAUGAGAGGAUUGUGGUGGUGGCUGAACAACGGCCAGAUGCUUCAGAAGAGGACAGUUUCCAGUGGAUGAGCCGUGUGCUGCAGGCGAUCGACAGCAUUCACCAAGUGGGAGUAUAUUGCCUCGCUCUUGUUCCAGCCAAUACUUUGCCAAAAACUCCUCUGGGAGGGAUCCAUAUAUCUCAGACCAAACAACACUUCCUGGAGGGGUCACUGCACCCGUGUAACAUUCUCAUGUGCCCACACACAUGUGUGACUAAUCUGCCAAAACCCAGGCAAAAACAACCAGGUGUCGGCCCCGCCUCUGUGAUGGUGGGGAACCUGGUUGCAGGGAAGCGCAUUGCACAGGCCUCUGGGAGAGACCUUGGACAGAUAGAAGAGAAUGAUUUGGUGAGAAAGCAUCAAUUCCUGUCUGAGGUGCUCCAGUGGAGAGCGCAAGCAACGCCCGAGCACAUGCUUUUCCUCCUGCUCAAUGCAAAGGGGGCCCCUGUCUGUACAGCCACCUGCCUGCAGCUGCACAAGCGAGCUGAGCGAAUCGCAUCGAUUCUGUAUGAAAAGGGACACCUCAAUGCCGGUGAUAACGUGGUGCUGCUCUAUCCUCCUGGCAUCGAGCUCAUUGCAGCAUUUUAUGGCUGCUUGUAUGCUGGUUGCAUCCCUGUGACUGUCCGGCCUCCACACGCUCAGAAUCUCACUGCCACUUUGCCCACCGUGCGGAUGAUUGUAGAUGUUAGCAAAGCUGCCUGUAUCCUCACAAGUCAGACCUUGAUGAGGCUGCUGAGAUCCAGAGAGGCGGCAUCUGCUGUUGAUGUGAAAACCUGGCCAACCAUCAUUGAUACAGAUGAUUUGCCCAGGAAGCGGCUACCUCAGGUCUAUAAACCUCCAACUCCAGAAAUGUUGGCAUACCUGGAUUUCAGUGUUUCCACAACAGGGAUGCUUACAGGAGUGAAGAUGUCCCAUGCAGCAGUCAGCGCCCAAUGCAGAGCCAUAAAACUCCAGUGUGAACUAUACUCCUCACGUCAGAUUGCCAUCUGUUUAGAUCCCUAUUGUGGGCUUGGCUUUGCACUUUGGUGCCUUUGCAGUGUGUAUUCUGGUCACCAGUCCAUCUUAAUUCCUCCUAUGGAGCUGGAAUCCAACCUUUUUCUGUGGCUCUCCACUGUAAGCCAAUAUAAAAUACGGGACACUUUCUGUUCCUACUCGGUCAUGGACAUGUGUACAAAGGGGCUUGGGAAUCAGGUUGAUGUUUUAAAGGCAAGAGGCAUUAACCUGUCUGGUGUCCGGACCUGUGUGGUUGUGGCAGAAGAGCGUCCACGUGUUGCCCUUACUCAGUCCUUCUCCAAGCUCUUCAAGGACAUUGGCCUCUCACCUCGUGCAGUCAGCACCACUUUUGGGUCAAGAGUCAAUGUUGCUAUCUGUUUACAGGGAACCUCAGGGCCUGAUCCUACCACGGUGUACGUGGAUCUGAAAUCCUUAAGACAUGACAGAGUGCGGUUGGUUGAAAGAGGUGCUCCACAGAGCCUGCUGCUCUCAGAGUCAGGCAAGAUACUGCCCGGGGUCAAAGUGAUAAUUGUUAAUCCUGAGACCAAAGGACCAGUUGGGGAUUCUCACCUUGGAGAGAUCUGGGUGAAUAGCCCCCACACUGCCAGUGGUUACUACACAAUCUAUGAUAAUGAAACCCUCCAAGCAGAUCAUUUCAACACCCGCCUAAGCUUUGGUGACGCUGCCCAAACACUCUGGGCACGAACAGGGUACCUUGGAUUUGUACGCCGAACUGAGCUCACAGCAGCCAGUGGAGAACGCCAUGAUGCACUGUAUAUCGUAGGGGCAUUGGAUGAAACUCUUGAACUACGGGGCUUGCGCUAUCAUCCAAUUGACAUAGAGACCUCAGUUUCUCGGACACACAGGAGCAUUGCUGAAUGUGCCGUAUUCACGUGGACCAACUUACUUGUGGUGGUUGUGGAGCUAUGUGGCUGUGAGCAGGAGGCCCUCGAUCUAGUCCCUCUGGUUACCAACGUGGUUUUGGAAGAACAUUAUCUAAUUGUGGGAGUUGUGGUCGUGGUCGAUCCCGGGGUGAUUCCAAUCAAUUCCAGAGGAGAGAAGCAGCGCAUGCACCUCCGUGACAGCUUCUUGGCUGAUCAGCUGGAUCCCAUCUACGUAGCAUACAAUAUGUAAUUGGGGGACUGUGGGGCAUAGUACAGUUUACAAAGCAUUCAAGGACCAGUGAAGUAUGUGCAAACAGACAAACAAAACCUGGUUAACCAUUAGUGAUUAUCGUUGUGAAGCUGGACCAUGCUAUCCUACUGUCUUCUCUCUCGUGGGCUGGCAGCAAUGGACUUACCAAAAGGCAGAAGAUGGCAGCCAGUGAAGAACAUGUGGAUUGCAGGAUGUUGGCUUUACAGACAAUGGGAAGUUGGCCAACAUGAGAAAACAGCAAGUUACUAAGGCCUUUACUGUAGUGUAAAGUUUUUUCAUCUGUUGUAUAUAUUUGUAUUUUUUUCUAAUACUGUUUUAGGAUUAUACGAGGGGAGGGUUUAUUUAGUUAAGAUAACAAUCUGCAAGAACCAGGUCAUGUGAGUCCUGCUCAUUCCUCUCCCCCCCCUCCCCCGAACAGUGUGCUUUGCAACUUGUAAGUUAGCUUAAUUCUGUAGUCUGUUAAUACGGGAAUCACACUGCUUACUUAAAAUUGUGCCAUGACCAAAUCCAAUAAUCCACUGAACUGAAGAAUUACUUGUUCGUAUAGAUGAAUUUAAAAAAAAAAGGAUUUUGCCUAUAUUUUAAAUAUGUAAAUAAUAAUAUGCAUAAUUCAUUUAUUUAGAAAAAUCGGCUCAGAUAAUGACAUAAGAGGUAGACAUCAUUUUAAGGAUUUCAGUAUUGGGUGGAAUUCAACAUCAUGCUGUGGUGAAUGUCCUGUCGGCACUAGUGCUGCAGUUUACGAUGGAACAAUCCCUCCUCUCCUCCUGCCACCCACUGUAUCCCAAUACCCGUCCCCCAGGCAAAUUUCGGGGGAGGGGGGAGUCCUGUUGUGUGCAAGUAGAAGCCCUCAGACAGGGCUUCCACUGACUGGACUCCUUAGGUGAACCCCACCCAAAGUCCUUAAAAUAAAUCAAGUGUGUUUGGCAAUUAAUGCAAGCAAUGCAGAUAGGUUAUCCAUUCAGUUUUUACUGUUUAGUUGCUGGCCAGAGUAUGUCAUAGCAUGUAGAAGAAACUGAUAUUUUAAAGGCACAUGUUUAUCAAAGAGGCUGACCUCCAUAAGCUUUAAAAGCAUUUUAUAAACAACAAGAAGAAAAAUUCUGCAACUCUGGAAUGUUUAAGAUAACCUGUAUAGCCUCUGCAUACUCUUUGUCAUGAAUGAUGUGUAGGCAGGUCACCAGUUUUAUCAGAACCACUCAAUUCAUGGUCCAAAUCAUGAUUCCUUCUUUUCCUUCCUUGGUUGUGCAUAGUAACAGGUGCAAAUGCCAGAGCGACUUUCAUUUAAACUGGAAAAAAGCCCUGCCCGUUAUUUUGAGGCUCGCGCUGCUUUCUGGGUGAGACUUGUUACUGCAAAGCGGGAGCUUUGGCAGAAUGUCUUCAAAGCAGGGACAGUUGCAAUUCUGUUGAAAUAGUGGGGAAAUACCUCUCCAUAUGUUGUUGUGAUUAUUCUAUUCCAAGUGACUGAUCAGUUUCCAGCGUUCAAAGAAUUGAUGACAAGAGAUGCCUUAAAAUGUGCUGGAACAUCCAUUGUCUGGGAAUGGUUUGCAGUCCCCUGUCUUCAGUGAGCUGGGAAAAGCAAGAUUUCAGUCUUUUUAUUUAGAUCCUCACUGUUGUGGUUGUGCCCUGAUGCUAUUCUUUCCCACUUCCCCUUCUGUCUGUUUGUUUGUUAAAAUAACACUGAAAGCAAAUGCCAGAAAUGGUGACAACUCUUAUUGGGCCAUUUGUGGUCUGUGUGUAAAUAGUUAGAAUAUUUUAAUAAUAUCUGUUUACCCACCCUGUAACAAAGUUAAUGUUUUUAGACAUUUUUAAGAGAGAUAUAAACUUGGAUUAAAUCCUCAACUACAACAGCUAUAUUAAGUGCAGCUCUCACAACUAUCCCUUAAAACAAAUUCCAAAUGUAUACUUGAAAAACUUUCUGUGCAAACUUUUCAAAUAGUUCUUUUUAUGACCUGAUGUAUUGAUAUUUAGACAGAAAGCUUUUAAAUAUAUUAACAAAAUAUUUACGGUUUAUCUUCUACGGUCACACAUAAUGAUGAUGGGAUGUAUCAUAAAACACAGAAUUAUGGCAAAACUAGAAACAGGAUAGAAGGGGAGGUCCAUUGCUUCAAACUGCUGAAAUAUUAACUACUGGCUCAUAGCAGAGACAGUUUUAAUAUUUUGCAUUAUCAGUAUUUCCACAGUGUGGUGCUGCUACAUAAAUACAAAGCCCUCUACGCUGAAAUAGUUUUAGCAUGUCAUUUGCAAUGGUUUGGAAAAGAAACACACACUUGCUAUCAUUCAGCAUGUGAACCACACAGUACAGAUGGGCUUCAGCAUCUAACAUAGGUGCAAUCCUAUGCAUGUUUACUUGAAAAUAUGUCCCACUGUGGCUUACUCCCUUGUAAAUGUGCUUAGGAUUGCAGCCUAAAUGUCCUGUGCACUCCAGCCCUUAUUUUUAACUGCAAUGUUGGCUUUUAGGAGGUCUCAAUUUUCGUAAUAAACCACUGUCUUAAUGCCUUUCCACUGAAUGGAACUGUAGCGUGAUACCUUUCCACACCCCUUACACUAUCAAUUCUUCCGAGAUGUAGCAUAAUAGAAAUUUUGUGUUCAGUACAGAUAAACUUGCUAGAGUGGCAUUUUAGAACUUCCAGUCUGGAAGAACUAAGCUGUGUUCUGAAUUAUGGAGGAAAGAAACUUAACCAGACUCUCCACCAGUAUAACUCUCACCCUUGAUCUGAUUGUUAAACCAGAAAGAAAACAAAUGCUUAGUGUGUGAUUUUAAUACAGAUUGCUAUCUUCUCAAAAGACUCCUGGGAUUUCAAUUUUGCUUUUUAGGCCUGGGACCUCCACAGUGCUGCAUAAUAGUUUGCCUUCAGGUUACUUAUACAAAAUGGCUGAGAUUCCAAAGGAAUGACUGUGGAAUCAGUGUCAUGUUUAUCUGAGCUGUGGCACUGAUUUGCUCUGCGUGGUUUUGGGUAUGUUAUUCCAUGUUCUCCAUCAGUACAUGAGAUAGAGCAGCUUAUAAAAUGGAAUUCAAUAAAGGCGCAGUUCUCCAUAGGUUUUGCUAAGGGAUCUAUCUGGAGCUAGUUUGCCCUUAGUUCUCCCCCAUAACCGCCCAUGUCAGGGAUGUGGCACUCCAGAGGUUGUUGGACUUCAACUCCUUUCAGCAACAGCCUGCAGGGCCAAUGUUCUAGUCGUAGGCCCAACAUCAUCCAGACAGCUGUGGGUUCCCCAUACCUGACCCAUGUGGUGGUGGUGGUGGUUUUUAGUGAAUGCAAUGGGGCAAUCCAAUGUUGCCAGCCCAGUUUUUGUUGAAUUUCCAUAUUAGCUCAGACAAUUAUGAACCUAAAUAGAAUGUGUUUUCAACAGUUUCCAUGGUUAUGAAGCAGUUUGGAACAGCUGUUAUCUUGAGAGUCGGUUUACUACUAUGAACAUAAUACUUAAUGACAAAAAUGUCUCAUGUCUUACUUUCAGACGAUUUCUGCUCUUGUUAAUUAUGUUUCUAACUGUACCUAUUAUUCCAACCAUGUUCAUUUUACACUGAUUUUCUGAUUUUAGUUGACUGUGUAGUCAAGAAUGAUGGGCCGCGCUUUACUGUGCUGGAGAUAUGGUUGUAAAAAAAACAAAAACCAAUGUUCAUUGUCUUUAGCCCUGAAGGCAUUUUCCUUUUGUUGACGUCAGUAAGUUUACCAUUGUCAGAUUCAAAUUACAAUACUGUAAUUAUGUAUAAAGUUUUUUAUUUAUUUGAAAUUAGGUUUUAGAUAUACUUUUUUUAAAAAUUUAACAUCUGGCUGGACAGUGUUCCAUUAACGCAUUGAUUGUGUCUCCUUUGUCUUGUGUUAAUAAAUAAUGAUGCCUGACUUAU